AUGCAGACUUUCAUGAACACUAUGAUGGCUCAGAUGGGCAAGCUACAAGCAGAGAUAGAGAGUCUCAAGGCUCAGCAACAAGGAGGAGGUAUUCAGUUUUUUAAUCAAGCCUCAUCUUCGAAUGGUAGAUUGCCAGCAAGCAUAGAAAAUCCAAGGCACCAAGUGAAUGCAGUCACCACUAGGAGCGGAUUAGCAUUGAAGGAUCCUCCACUUCCUUCAAAUGAUCCAGUGCUUGAGAGAACUGAUAAUAAGGAUGAGGGUGUUCAGGUUGAGGAUGUUUUUGAUGAUAGUGAGGAGGAGCCUAUGGUGCAGAGAGAUAGUGUUAAGGGGAAAGCUCCUGAGCAGGAUGAGAGUGCUCCAAGUAAGAAGCAUGAAAGGAAGAACAAGAAGGUAGAUGACUCGGUUACCCCUUACAACUUGUUACCGUAUCCACAGAGGUUGUGGAAAUCAAAGGAGUCUGAUAGAGAGAGCAAGUUCCAUAAGAUGUUAGAUAAGCUGGAGAUCUCCAUGCCUUUUGUUGAAGCAAUCACUCAGAUUCCAUCGUACAAGAAGUUUCUAAAGAACAUUUUAGGCAAUAAGAAAAAGCCAGAGAAGAGUGCGGUGGUGGAUCUGAGCGAAAGAGCCUUGACCUGUGCAGUUCUUCAACAUAAACUACCUCCUAAGCUGAAAGAUCCAGGUAGUUUUUCCAUCCCUUGCAUCAUUGGUGGAUUUGUAGUUGGUGGUGCUCUGUGUGAUCUGGGUGCCAGUGUUAGUCUUAUGUCAUAUUCUUUAUGUAAGAGGCUCAACCUGGGAACACCAAAACCCACCUCCAUGACCCUACAGAUGGCGGAUCGCUCCAUAAAGCGUCCGGUGGGAGUUCUAGAGGAUGUCCCGGUCAUGAUUAAUCAGUACUUUAUACCGGGGGAUUUUGUUGUUAUGGAUAUAGAAGAGGAUGCCAAGGUUCCUAUUAUACUUGGUAGACCUUUUCUAGCUACUGCUGGUGCCCUUAUUGAUGUGAGAAGAGGUAAACUCAUGAUGGAGGUGGCUGAGAACAAGAUUGAGUUUGACAUAUUCAAAAUGGCGAAGCACCAGCCCUCGUAUGUUGAUGACUGUUACUUGAUAGAAGGGCUGGGUGAGUGCACUGAUGAAAGUAGAAAGAUUGAGUUAGGGGAUUUGCAUGUUUCCCCUAUUGAUCCUGGACCCCUUGAAAAGUCAAGUGUGCUGAAACGAAAGACAUAG